UUUUUUAUUUGUGUUUUAAUUACAUACAUACAUUUGCUUAAAACAGAAACCUAAAGAAUACACUGUUUGUCUAAAAAUGGAGUGGAUUUACUAAUCUGUUAAUUAGAUUACUGCUCCUGCCUUGGUGCUCUUGUGCUCUCAUGCAUACCUACCAGUCACUUUAACGACCUUUGCGCUACUUGUUUUUACCUCCUCUCACAUGCUGUUUUAUGAAGUAUGAGUUGCUCAGAGAGUUGACUGGAAAUUUGGAGAUAGUUGCUGCCAAAGAUGGCCAUCCUGUCACUGUGUUGUUUACUUACGUUUAUCUAUUGGAUUAGUUUAGGUAAUGUGUUUGGAAAUGAGAAGGUUUACUCGGACAACAUCACUCGCAUUUUGGACCGACUUUUGGAUGGUUAUGACAACAGACUGCGACCUGGAUCUGGAGGUGGUGUUACAGAGGUGAAAACAGAUAUCUUUGUCACCAGUUUUGGACCUGUUUCAGAUGUUGAGAUGGAGUACACCAUGGACAUGUUCUUCCGUCAGAUGUGGGUUGAUGAGCGGCUGAAAUUUGAAGGUCCCACUGAAAUCCUACGGCUGAACAACCGCAUGGUAGACAAGAUCUGGACGCCAGACACUUUCUUCCGAAACUCCAAGAAGUCAAUUUCCCAUAACAUGACUACACCCAACAAGCUUUUCCGCAUCAUGCAGAAUGGGACUGUCCUCUACACUAUGAGACUGACAAUUAGUGCAGAGUGUCCGAUGAGGCUAAUGGACUUCCCCAUGGACGGUCACUCCUGCCCUCUCAGGUUUGGAAGCUAUGCAUACACCAACAGUGAAAUUAUGUUCACCUGGAGGAAGGGGUUAACAGCAUCUGUCGACUGUCCCAAGGAGUCCAUGAGUCUUCUGCAGUAUGAUCUGGUGGGACAAACUUUGUCCAGUGAGAUUUUCAAAGCAAACACAGGUCACUACUCUGUGCAGGUGGUCCAUUUCCACCUCCAGAGGAAGCUGGGAUACUACCUCAUACAGACAUACAUUCCCCUUAUCAUGGUUGUCGUUCUGUCACAAGUCUCUUUCUGGAUCAACAAGGAGUCUGUCCCUGCUCGCACAGUUGCUGGCAUCACCACAGUACUGACCAUGACCACCUUGAGCAUCAGCGCCCGGCAGUCACUUCCUAAAGUGGCCUAUGCCACAGCCAUGGAUUGGUUCAUUGCAGUGUGUUUUGCCUUUGUGGCGUCGGCUCUUGUCGAAUUUGCAGCGGUGAACUACUUUGCCACACUGCAGGCCAACCGUCUGAAGAAACUGAAAGCCAGACAAGACAGGCUUGAAAUGUUGGCUUCUGGCAGCGACGAUGAAGACACAGUUUCGAUGGACAGCAGCCCUCAGGAAGGCCCGAGGAGGAGAAACCACUCGGUGUGUCGCAGUGAGGCAGGGGAGGGUCCGCCGCUGCCGAUUUUCCUUCAGCAGGGCUCAGCUUUUCCCCAGAUCCCGCAACUGGCCGGCACCAGCCCCAUCGACGCGUACGCCCGCAUCCUCUUCCCCCUGGGCUUCGCCCUCUUCAACCUUGUCUACUGGUACAUCUACCUUGGCAAGGACACCAUGGAGAAGGCCAGGGACGUAGAUACAGCCUCUUAAAAACCAAGAGGACCUGGAAAAGGGCACGUGCAGCCGGAGAGAGACCUUCAGCAUCCAUUCAGCCUCACCUCGCCCCCCCCUCAC